AUGUCAUCUCCAAUGGGUGAACAUGGUAUGUUCAAGGCGUCGCCAUUAGCACAGAGCCAAUUGAAACCUGGUCUGGAGAGCAAAUUGGCAUUCCCGAGCGAAUCGAGCAAGUUGGAGGGUGAAGGGGAUUUUGUUGAAUACGUGGGCUCAGGGAAACUCAAAGGCAAAAAGGUUCUCAUCACUGGCGGGGACUCUGGAAUUGGCCGCUCGGUGGCUAUUCUCAUGGCAAGAGAGGGAGCUGAUAUCAGCAUUGUCUUCCUCCCAGAAGAGCAAGUGGACGCGGAGACCACCAAAAGAUUGGUUGAGAAGGAGGGUGUCCAGUGCCUUCUUAUUCAGGGUGAUUUGAGAGAUCUGAACUUUUGCCGUGAGGCAGUGGAGAAACAUGUAGCAAACUCGGGCAAAGUCAAUGUACUCGUCAAUAACGCGUCGAAGCAAUAUAUAUGCAAGGAAUUUGCAGAGAUUGAUCUUGAGAAAACACAGGAUAUCUUCAAGACCAAUAUCAUCCAGAUGAUCGCUAUGGCGAAGUUUGCUCUCCCGCACAUGGGUCGAGGCGACUCCAUUAUCAAUACUUCAUCUGUGGUGACUUUCAGAGGAUCGGGUACCAUGGUCGAUUAUGCUGCAACAAAAGGUGCCAUCGUCGGCUUUACCAAAUCUCUGGGAGCCCAUUUGAUCCCAAAAGGCAUUCGAGUUAACGCCGUGGCACCCGGUGCUAUAUACACGCCUAUCCAAGUUGACACUAGAGAGGCUAAACAAAUGGAAGGUUGGGGCUCGAAGGCAGGUCUGGGUCGACCUGGUGAGCCCAGUGAGGUUGCAACGAGCUUCGUCUUCUUGGCCAGUGUGGAUGCUUCCCUGUAUUACGGGCAGGUACUGCAUUGUUAUCCACUGGGGGACUAA